AUGGACACUCUAGUGUUUGUGUGGUUAUAUUCAUUGUUAUGGUCACUGGCUCCGGUGCUAGGAUGGAGUCAAUACCAAUUGGACGGAUCAAGAACUACGUUAACACCUCAAUUAUCUGUGGUACCGCAGUUGGUGGCUAAAAUGUCUACAGUGACUAAUCCUAUUUUGUAUUCUUUAAGUCACCCAGUUGUUAGAAGGAAACUCUUUUUAAAACUCAAACAUCGAAUGAGAAGUCCGAUUUCUGAAACCGGAAGUUCUGGCAGAAUAGAAGCUAUUCCAAUGUAA